CGGUUGUCAAACAAUUUCUGUGUCGCGUGUGACGGAACAAUUUCUUUAUUUUCGUUGAUAGUUUAAAGGCAACCAGCGGAGUGAAGCUACAUGAAAAUGGCUUUGAGUGACUUUGGUCGAAAUCGGCCACAUCGUCCUGUCGCAGCCUGCCUGUUAAUCGUCUUGUCGCUGCUCAGCGAUGCGCUGAUGUCGCCGGCGUUGGCGCAGCGUGACGAGAACUAUCCACCGACAAACGUACUUAAAAUGGCAAAGCUCUUCCACGACAUCUGCGUGGAAAAGACCGGCGUCAGCGAGUCUGCGAUCAAGGAGUUCAGCGAUGGCGAAAUACAUGAUGAUGAGAAGCUCAAGUGCUACAUGAAUUGUUUGUUUCAUGAGUUCGAGGUGGUGGAUGACAAUGGCGAUGUGCAUCUGGACACGCUAUUCUCCUCGGUGCCGCACUCCAUACGCGACAAUCUGAUGGCCAUGGCCAAGCAUUGUAUACAUCCCGAGGGCGAUACGCUAUGCCACAAGGCCUGGUGGUUCCAUCAGUGCUGGAAAAAGGCCGAUCCCAAGCACUACUUUUUACCAUAAAGCAUUUGGCUUAAUUAAUAUUUGGGACUCUGUUUUUAGAACAUCUAUUAGCUGGUGGCGGUUUUGUCAUAUUAGAACAUGUUUAAAUUAGAGCAACACACAUUUUGAUAAGCUGAUAAAACAAGUAAAUAAU